AUGGAGCAGCUCCCAAUCCAGCCGUCCGGACUGUACUGGCAAGAUGAAUUCAUCACGGAAGAGCACGAGGCAGAGCUGAUAGGGGUAUUCGGCCAGCUAGAGUGGCCUGAACGUGGAGGGCGCCUGUCGCUUCACUACGGCUUCACGUUCGACUACAAGACGUUCGGCGUGGACCCGAACGUGCCCUUCAAGCCCUUCCCCGACUGGCUACGACCCCUACUACCCAAGACCGAGGGCCGGCCGCCGGACCAGGUGUGCCUGCAGUACUACCCUCCCGGCGCCGGCAUCCCGCCGCACGUCGACACGCACUCGGCCUACGACCAGCUGUACGCCCUGUCGCUGGGCGCCCCGGUGCGGAUGCAGUUUGCGCGCGACCGCGGCGACGGCUCGUCAAGAGAGCAAGCCGACGUGGACCUCGCGCCGCGCAGCCUGCUGCGCAUGAGCGGCGAUGCGCGCCUGCACUGGACGCACGGUAUCCGCAAGCGCAAAACGGACACCCUGCCCGACGGCUCGGUCCGCCGCCGCGCCGACCGCUGGAGCGUCACGUACCGCUGGCUGCGCGACCCGGCUGUGUGCGAGUGCGGCAAUGCUCGCCUGUGCGACACGGCCCAGACCCGGCUAGGGAUCGAGAGGGAGUUGCGGUGGAAGAAGGGGGAGGGGGUGGAGCGGGAUGGGGAGGAGGGGUCGGCGACUGCUGGCCUCACGCCACGCCACGCCACGCCACCAACCAGGUAG